UAGUCUGUAAUUUGUUCGAUUGUCUGUUUACGUACGUAAUUACCUUCUUUAUAAGAUAAAAGUAAUUAACUAAAAAUAUCGAUACCUACUUGGAAAAGAUUACAAAUUAUCAUCAAUACAUUUAAAUAACAAGUUGCAAAGUUUACAGUCAUUGUCAUCAAUUAGAGCCUUUAGUUAACACAAGACUUGCGCAAAUAAAUAAAUCAAAAACAAUUUUGUUUUCAAACAUUGGUGUUAAAUUUAAUAGUCAUUAUAUUUGUGGUCUUUGAGGAAAGUGUAAUAAAAUUUGUGACGCAAAAUGAUGAACUGGUCUGGAGCUACGAAGGUUUUGCCAAAGAACUGCUCAACCGGUAUUUCCGGCUACAACAUCUCACCGGAACAGUUUCGGUUCUACAACGAGAAUGGAUUCCUGGUCAUCAAAGGGCUGAUUGAUUUUGAAUCUUUAUACGCUUACAAGCGACAGUUCGUGGCAGUAUGCAACGGUACGGUGGAGAGAGGACAGCUGCUGACUAUUGUUAGAGAGCCCUCGCUUCUCGGGAAGGGCCUGAAACCGGAGGACUACGUCAACAAGCUGCACGACAUAUGCUACGACGAAGUGUUCGGCCGCUACGUGGAGGACCCUCGGCUGCUGCACGUGCUGUCCCAGUUCAUCGGUGAUGAGAUCACCGCGGUGAACAGUAUGCUGAUCAACAAGCCGCCCGGCAGCGAGCGCCACCCGCCGCAUCAGGACUUGUACUACUUCCCAUUCAGACCUGCUGACAAGAUAAUAGCGGCAUGGACUGCCAUCGACCCCGUGACCAUCGAGAACGGCUCUCUAUUUCUGGUACCAGGAUCCCAUAGAGCGAACACAAUUUAUCCACACGGCAACAUUGGUAUCAAAAAGAAGCUGUACCACGGAAUAUUGAACGAGGAACAGCUGGCUCCUCCACAAAGGGUGAUCCACCUCGAGAUGGAGCCAGGAGACACAGUGUUCUUCCAUCCCCUCAUCAUACACGGUUCAGGACCUAAUAUUACCAACAGAUACCGCAAAUCAAUGACUUGCCACUUCAUGAACAGCAACUGCCAGUACAUAGACGUGCGCGGCACCGUCCAGGACGGCAUCGUGAGGGAGAUCGAGGCGGAGGGCAGGAGGAGGGGCUUCGAAGUUAGCUUCGAGGAUCAAUGGAGAUACAAGAGCAAACAAGUGAAAGGACACGUGAGAUCUAAUCUGUAAUCACAAAUUUCGAACGACAACGACGAUGAACAAAUAACGUAGCUAUUCAGGAUUAAUAUGGGGCCUUGAAUUCUUUUUUAUUCAAAAAAAGUACAGAAAAUAAAUUGGAAUUCUUAUGAAAUUAAAUAGUAAAUUUUUAUUGCGACAUCUUUGCAUGAUUAAUUUAAUCUCUAUGCAUACAAAUACAAUCAAAAUUUUUUUAAUCUACGUUUAAUUUAGGAUUUUCGUUUUUUAACAUCUCAAUCCCAUAAAAUCUAAACAAGCUUUCUACUAUUAUAAUUAUGACUAAACAAUACUAUUUACUAAUUCACUUAAGCACAAAGCAAACAAUCAAAUUACUUGGGAGAUUUGGUAGCAAAUUGACUCAAGAUUUAAUUAGAAGUUUGUAAAUGUAUAGUGCAGUAAACAAAUCAACGUGACGUCAUCAGUAAUUCCAAUUUUAAUUUUAAUCCAAUAUAUAAUAUACUUGGAUUGCAAGUAUCAAAACUAGUUCGAAACUACAUACCGAAUCCUGCAGUAGAUUAAAAAAGACGACUUAAAAAUGCUUGUAAACAAGUACAUUUGAAUAAAGAGGAUUUGACGUUGACUUUAGUUUGUGUUUACAUAUGAUAUUAUUAUAAUGAAAUGGACUUCUUUUAUCAGGGCCUUAUACAAAUUUUAGAUUUAUAAUAAUAAUAUAGUUUAUUAUUCAGACUACAAUUUGGUCCAUUUUGUUAGUAACAACUUUCUUACAAACUAUGUUAGUAAAAAAGAAAAGCAAAUUAAUUAAAGCAAUUCACUCAGACGUGAGCCAGCCGACUAGAACAGCAUCUGAAUGAAAUGCCCAAUUAUAGGCGAGUUAUAUUUAUCGCUUAUUACUUUCAGAAUGCUAUUGGUGCUUGUCCUAACCCUGUGUAGCAAUGAUGCGGUUCUCUUUCUCCUUAUAACGUAGUUAUCAUUAUUGACUUAAAUUUUAUACAAUAAAAUCGUAUCGUCCAAUUUCGAAAUUCGUAAAACAAAAAAGAAUUAAGUGAUUUUGAAGUUACAUUCCAAACAUUCACUGAAGACAUUCAAAAUUGUUCCAUUUUCAAUUUUAAAAUUGUUCCAUUUUCAAUUAUUGCCUCUGCCAUUUAAUUUCAUUGGGUCUAAAAUCAGGGUAUAAAACUAGUCUAGUGUCAAAAACUACUCUCUUCAUAUUUUGUUAUUUCCAUUGUAUAU